AGUGAUGAAAUAUCUUGCCACGCUUCAUGUCCUUGCAAGCAUAUUUGUAGCAGUAACUAUAGCGACCGGUGAUACGCGCUCACUGGACAGGGAUCCUACACGACUAAAGCACCGAUCGAGACAGGCGGUCGAACAUUGCAGUUGCGCCUGAUAAGCAGCGGCCGCCGACGCGACGUAGCGUGGCGCAGGAAAAACGCGCAAACAUACGCAGCAGCAGCAGCCGCGCAGGAAAGGCGAAAAGAUGGGAAUCGGCGACCUCCGCUCGUGGACCAGCGUCGUCGUCGUAAUUCUCACCCUGAUCUCAAUGGUAUCUUCAUCUGGCUUCUUUGAACUGCAAAUACUGGAGAUUUCAAACACCAACAGCCACCUACUGUCAGGAUACUGCUGCGGUUUGCCACCGGAGAAACGACAGACCCAAACGACAGGAUGUCCGGCAUGUGCGACCGCGUUCAGCUUGUGCCUCAAGGAGUACCAGGGCACGACGUCCAGCGUUCAGCAGCAACAAAAGCAGCUGAAACAGCCAGCCGUUGCCGUGGAACCGCAACCUUCCGGCCUGUACGGUUGUGCGUUCGGUAACGCCAGCACGCCCGUCCUGGGCGGAUCGAGCUUCGUCCUGACUGACCCGGAAGUCGGUGGCAUCACAUUACCCUUUACCUUUCGAUGGACGAAAUCGUUCACACUUAUCCUACAAGCUUUAGACAUGUACAACGAGUCAUCCUCAAUUUCCGAGCGACUUAUUGAUGAAACAUCAUUUUCUGGCGUUAUUCUACCGUCGCACGAUUGGAAUACAUUAGACCACAUAGGAAAGAGCGCACGAAUAACGUACCGUGUACGAGUGCAGUGCGCGGACAACUACUACAACACAACCUGUACAACGUUCUGUAGGCCACGGAAUGACCAGUUCGGGCAUUAUACCUGCGGCAAGCAGGGCAAUAAAGUGUGUCUUCCCGGCUGGCAGGGUGCAAACUGCGAAAAAGCAAUCUGCAAGCCAGGAUGUGAUCAAAUACAUGGUAAAUGUGACCAGCCGGGCGAAUGCGAAUGCCGCCCCGGAUGGCGUGGUCCGCUGUGUAACGAGUGUAUGGUGUACCCGGGCUGCCGCCACGGCUACUGCAACGGAAGUGCAUGGCAGUGCAUCUGUGAUACGAACUGGGGCGGAAUCCUCUGCGAUCAAGAUCUCAACUACUGCGGCACGCACGAACCGUGCAUGCACGGUGGUACGUGCGAAAACACUGCCCCGGACCAAUAUCGGUGUACGUGCGCCGAAGGACUCUCCGGUACACGGUGCGAAAUCGUUGAGCAUCCGUGUGCGCCACAGCCGUGUAAAAAUGGCGGCACCUGUACGCUAACCGGAAACGACAAAUCACAAACCGUCGCUUCCUCUACAGUAGCUUCCAUCGUUGUCCGCGGUAUGCGGGGCAUGAGCUCGAUGGGAAAACCGUUCGGACGUUCGGCCGCUGCUGGAGCUGGUGGUUCCUCCGCGGCUAGCAGUUCCGGUACGGCAGAAUCCAACGAUCAGCCAAAGUUAGGAUCCUCUUCGAACACCGGCGGUCUUUCUGCGCCCUCGUCCAACGGUCCGCAACCGAUGAAAGAUUUUGUCUGUACCUGUGCCCCCGGAUGGACCGGUCCGACCUGUGAGAUAAAUAUCGAUGAAUGUGCCGAAGCGCCGUGCCGAAACGGUGGAACCUGUAUCGAUCUGAUCGGCAAGUUUCGCUGCGAAUGUCCACCACAGUGGACCGGGGACACCUGCCAGAACGAUGUUGAUGAGUGCGAAUCGAAUGUGGCCUCCGGACUAGGGCCGUGCAUAAACGCUGAAUCAUGUCGCAAUCUGCCCGGCUCGUUCCAGUGCACCUGCCUCGAGGGGUGGGGCGGACCGACCUGUGCCAAGAAUAUGGACGACUGCGUUGGCAAGUGCAAAAAUGGCGCCACUUGCAUCGAUCUCGUCAACGAUUACCAUUGCGCCUGCGCCGUCGGAUACACAGGUCGCGACUGCAGCACCGACAUCAACGAGUGUGCCAACUUUCCCUGCCGGAACGGUGGCGAAUGCGUAGAUUUCAUCGGUAACUUCAAGUGCAUCUGCCCACUUGGCUUUUCCGGGACAUUGUGCGAGGAGGCCAAAGAUCAUUGCGUAUCGUCACCGUGUAUCGAGGGUCAGUGUCUCAACACGCCGGGCGGUUACUACUGUCAUUGUCCGCCGGGUCGCGCCGGCCGUCACUGCGAGUUUCCGCGUGUUCCUUGCGAAAAGGGUGGUCCCUGUGCAAAUGAUGGAGGUUGCACGAUGCCUACCAACAACGAUACGACAACGAUUCUCGGCGGACAAAUUGUACCGAUCCCAUGCAAUGGUCGGGGUAAGUGUGAGUCCGGUCCGAUGGGUAUGAGCUGUACAUGCCAAAGUGGCUUCACCGGACCAUUCUGUCAGCAUAAUGUCAACGAAUGUACCUCGAACCCAUGUGCCAACAACGGUAUCUGCAUCGAUGGGGAAGGUGACUUCUCAUGCGAAUGUCAACCGGGAUGGACUGGGAAGACGUGCACCGAUCGUGCGAUCCAGUGUCUACCCGGUCAGUGUUUAAACGGUGGAUCCUGCAUCCCGUCCCAGUUUGGUGGAGCACCCCACUGCCGGUGUACACUCGGAUGGGGUGGACCAUUCUGCAGUGAGCCGCUCGACCAGUGCCAGGGGCAACCGUGUCACAAUGGCGGGACCUGUGAGUCGGGUCCCGGUUGGUUCCGGUGUCUUUGUGCGAAAGGAUUUUCUGGUCCCGAUUGUCGGAUAAACGUAAACGAGUGUUCACCGCAGCCGUGCUUGGGGGGAGCGACGUGUAAGGAUGGCAUUGGAGGCUUUACCUGCAUCUGUCCGGUUGGUCGACGUGGUGUUCGGUGUGAAAUUCUUCUCUCCGAUCCAUCGUCCGUCUGUUCGAAUACGACCACCAACUCUCCAUACGAUCCGUUGGUUACCAGCGAUUCGCUUAGCAAACCGAAUGGAAUGCAAUCGUCCAGUGCCGUACCAGGUGCUCCAGACGAAAGUACCUGUAAUUCGUGCAUCUGCGUAAACGGCAAACCACGCUGUUCGAAUCUUUGGUGCGGACUUCCCAACUGUCUCAAUCGGAACCAGUCCAAUGGUGCCGGAGCGGUCUGCGAAAGUCAUCAGGUUUGUGUGCCGACAUCGCAAGAAUCCUGCCUAACACCACCGUGCCAGCCACGAGGAGAUUGUCGUACGUUCGAGCCAUCAAGACGUGUGGCACCGCCAAAGAUUCCAGCACCGACCGACUGUUGGCCAAAUCAGGCUACGCUUGGAACGGCCUGUGCCCGGGUAUCGAUACUGCUCGAGUUAAAUCGGCUCGUGCGCGGUACGUCAGUGGACGGAAUGUGCCAUCUGCUCCGGUUACAGCUCGGCGAGAAACUCAUCAAAAAUCCGUCCUUUGACGUGUCCGUCUUCAUUGUCGUACUGUGUGAUCUCAAAACUGGAACGAAUGAUACGAUUGAAGUGACACUGUCUACUCCGACGGAUCCCAUUGUUGGUGCCUCAAGCUUAACGGAGGCGGUUCGAUUGCUGGCGGAAAUCCUUUCCCGCCAGCAAGGCGUACAGAACGACUCCUUUCAGUCAGAUCUCGUCGAAGCUGCACCACUAACCUCAAUCCUGGAGGUAAAAGUUGAAACGGCCCUGGUAAACGAGGGCACCACCGGUUCCAACUAUCUUAUCGCGAUCGGUUUCGGCAUCGCGAUCGUAGCCCUCUGUCUAGGUGCAGUCGUGGCACUGCUCUGGCGCCAGAAGCUACACUCGCACAGUGGCUCCGGCACGAACCUUUCGCCACAUCUUGACCUGUCCCGUGGUAUGGACGAGGAAAAAUCGAACAAUCUACAGAAUGAAGAAAACUUUCGCCGCUACGCUAACCCACUGAAGGCGAGCUCGAGUUCGUUGCGUGGUGCGAUGGAACUGAGCCUUAAUCCGGCACCGGAAAUCAACCAGAUAGCCGGCCCGAGCUCGGUCCAUCACCGAUCGCAGCAGCUCUAUCCGCCCUGCCCACCGGACGGGACCGAGUUCGAGAAGGACCCGGACAAGCAGAAGGCGGCCAACCGGAACUCGCACAUACUGCUGCACAAAACGCAAAAUGCGGAUAUUAUGACGAAAAACAUCGUCGGUGCGAUCGACAGUCAGCAUAAAGACUUUGGCAAACGAUCGAUCAACGAUCACACUGCGUCGUCAACGACGAACGUGAGUGGGGCAUCGAGCACCACGCAAAGUGGGACGGUAGUGUCCGGCCACCCGGUUGCGGAUAUAGCGAACGGUCCGAGCACUUUGGCGCCCGAAUCGGACGUCCUGACGGUGCACGUGUAG